CAAAAACAAAACAGUACAAAGCAAAACCCGGAAGCAGAGCGACCAAGGGUUUAGCUUGCGUUUCCAAAUCCCAAUCGCUCCAGUGAGUCUAGAACCCGCCGCCACCAGUUUGGUAAACUAGCUUGGAUCGAGGAAGAUAAGAAAGAGUGAAGAUGCCUCUUUAUGAUUGUAUGCUAAUGUUGAAACCUCAUGUACGAAAGGAAGCAUUGAUGGACUUGGUUGCUCGAGUAGGCAAGCAUGUUUAUAGUAGAAAUGGUGUUGUCACUGAUAUAAAAUCAUUUGGCACUGUUCAACUGGGGUACGGUAUUAAGAAGCUCGAUGGUAGACAUUAUCAGGGCCAACUGAUGCAAAUAACAAUGAUGGCCACACCUAACAUCAACAAGGAGCUGCAUUACUUGAACAAGGAGGAUCGCCUGCUGCGUUGGCUUCUUGUUAAACACCGGGACAUAAAAUUUGGGCUAGAAUUCAUGGAUGAAGAUGAUGAAGAUGGCGAGUUUGAUUUCAGUGAAUUCCCUCGGGACAGCAUUUUUGACAACGACAACAGUGAUGAUUAUGAAGACAGCAGCCACGAUGAGGACGACGAUGGGGACCAAUAAUCACAAGUAAUGGAUUUCAUAACUGUAGUCGUUCUAAGAUUAGGAUUUUAUUGGCAUUACCUCUGCAAAUGUAUGCGGUGUUGGGAGUGAAAAUAUAUAUUGAUAAAAGUUAUCAGUGUGCUGUUUGUUUGAGCUUGAGCGCGGGUGAUGGGCCUGCCUCAACAUGUAGGUUGCUAAUAGAUUAAUGUCAUUGAAGAUGAAGAUGUCACCAGUUUGGUUUAAUUUCAUCUGCAUCGUGCAUUUGUCCGUUGAAUAAUAAAUUUUCUAAUGUUCCCAGUUCAAAGUUUUCCAA